AUGUGUGGGAGAACUGCGUGUACUCUUGCUCCCGACGAGGUGAGCCGAGCCUGCUCCUACAGAAACCGAGGGGGGCGGCGGAGACAGCCCCGCUGGAGGGACGGAGACGCCGACAAAUACCGACCCUCGUACAACAAGAGCCCCCAGUCUAUGAGUCCCGUCCUGCUGUCCCAGAGGCAUUUUGAUAAGAAUGCACCUGUGGAUGAGUGUGUGUUGGCCUCAAUGCGCUGGGGCCUGGUACCUGGCUGGUUCAAGGAGAAUGACCCGAGCAAGAUGCAAUACAGCACCAGCAACUGCCGCAGUGAGAGUAUACUGCAGAAGAAAUCUUACAAGGACCCCCUGAUUAAAGGACAGCGCUGUGUCAUCCUGGCUGAUGGUUUCUAUGAGUGGAGGAGGCAAGAAAAAGGCAAGCAGCCUUUCUUCAUAUACUUCCCUCAGACUCAGGGACCUAGUCAGGAGAAAACAGAGAAUCAGGAUGUCCCCGCGACCUCAGCUCGCAAUAAAGAGAAUUCAGUGUGCCCUGCAUUGGAGUCCUCCCCGGACUUGACAGAGGGAGGAGAAGCAGAAGGUGAGUGGACUGGAUGGAAGUUGCUGACUAUGGCUGGACUGUUUGACUGCUGGACACCUCCAGGUGGUGGAGAACCUCUUUACACAUACAGUGUUAUCACUGUGAAUGCUUCCCCUGGCCUGCAAAGCAUCCAUGAUAGGAUGCCAGCAAUCCUGGAUGGAGAGGAAGAAGUGAGAAGAUGGCUUGAUUUUGGGAAGGUGAAGUCUCUAGAUGCCUUGGAACUGCUCCAGUCUAAAGACAUCUUGACUUUUCAUCCUGUCUCUUCAAUAGUGAACAACUCACGCAACAACUCUCCAGAGUGCCUUCAACCCGUGGAUCUUAACAGCAAAAAGGAGCCCAAGCCCACAGCCAGCAGUAAGAUGAUGAAGAGCUGGCUGACGAGCAGUGCACCUUCAAAGAGGAAGCAGCCUGACACAUGUGAGAGUAAAGAGCAAAAAACCAAGGCUCAGUGCAAGCGUACAGGAGCUGUUCAGCAGUGGCUUCAGGGAGCCAAUAAGAAAGCUAGAACCAAAUGAAGACACGAACUGGGACUGAAAGAAAGACCAUUUAGGCCUUAAUUCCAUGUUACUAUUUGGAUGGGUAUGAGAAAGAUUCAUGUUCAAAAUUUUGGUUUUAUAUGAAAUAAAAAUGCUCCACAGAUACUAUUUGAUUUCAAAAUGUUGUCAAUAAAUGUCAGAAAUAAACAAUAUGCUUUAUUCAA